AUGAAAUUUAAGGUCCCCCACCAACCUCCUCACUUUCGUAUACAUCUGCACUUCACACUUUCUGUUGUUUGUUCAAAAAUCACAAGAGAGAUGGGUAGCUCAGGAUUUUCAUGGAAACUGAACGAUCACCCAAAACUGCCCAAGGAAAAAAUCAUAUCAGUGGUGGUUUUGGAUGGAUGGGGCGAGGCCAAACCGGAUCAGUACAACUGCAUCCACGUUGCAAAGACUCCAACUAUGGACUCCCUCAAAAAUGGUGCGCCUGAGAAAUGGAGAUUGGUAAAGGCGCACGGUAAAGCAGUGGGGCUGCCUACAGAAGAUGACAUGGGCAACAGUGAGGUUGGUCACAACGCUCUUGGUGCUGGCCGGAUUUACGCACAAGGAGCAAAGCUUGUUGAUCUAGCUCUUGCCUCUGGAAAAAUAUAUGAAGGAGAUGGUUUUACCUACAUUAAGGAUUCUUUUGCAACUGGAACAUUGCACCUUAUUGGGCUACUAAGUGAUGGAGGUGUCCACUCUAGACUUGAUCAGUUGCAGCUGUUGCUAAAAGGUGCUAGUGAUCGUGGUGCCAAAAGAAUUCGAGUUCAUAUUCUCACUGACGGACGUGAUGUGUUGGAUGGCUCAAGUGUAGGCUUUGUGGAGUCUCUUGAAAAUGAUCUUACAAAGUUGCGCGAGAAAGGUAUUGAUGCCCAGAUUGCAUCUGGUGGAGGUCGUAUGCAUGUCACAAUGGAUCGUUAUGAGAAUGAUUGGGAUGUUGUGAAACGAGGUUGGGAUGCCCAAGUGCUUGGAGAAGCACCACACAAGUUUAAGAGUGCCGUUGAAGCUGUCAAAAAGCUGAGAGAGGAUCCUAAGGCAAAUGAUCAGUAUUUACCAGCAUUUGUUAUUAUUGAUGAUAGUGGAAAGGCUGUUGGGCCUAUUAUAGAUGGUGAUGCUGUUGUUACUUUCAACUUUCGGGCUGAUCGUAUGACUAUGCUGGCCAAGGCUCUUGAGUAUGAGGACUUCGAUAUAUUUGAUCGAGUUCGGUUUCCGAAAAUCCGUUAUGCCGGAAUGCUUCAAUAUGAUGGUGAAUUGAAACUUCCCAGUCACUACCUCGUGUCUCCUCCAGAAAUUGAGAGAACAUCUGGGGAAUAUUUAGUGCAUAAUGGAGUUCGGACUUUUGCUUGCAGUGAAACAGUAAAAUUUGGCCAUGUUACAUUUUUCUGGAAUGGAAAUCGCUCAGGAUACUUUAACCCAAAAAUGGAAGAGUACGUUGAAAUUCCAAGUGAUUCUGGUAUUACCUUCAAUGUCCAGCCAAAAAUGAAAGCCUUGGAGAUUGCUGAGAAGGCAAGAGAUGCUAUCCUUAGCCGCAAAUUCCACCAGGUACGUGUUAACUUACCUAAUGGUGACAUGGUGGGGCAUACCGGUGACAUUGAAGCAACAAUUGUGGCGUGCAAGGCUGCUGAUGAGGCUGUCAAGAUGAUCCUUGAUGCAAUCGAGCAAGUGGGUGGCAUAUAUGUUGUGACUGCUGAUCAUGGCAAUGCUGAGGAUAUGGUGAAAAGAAACAAGAAGGGUGAACCUCUUCUUGACAAGAGUGGCAAGAUUCAGAUACUUACUUCUCACACACUUCAACCUGUUCCUAUUGCAAUUGGUGGUCCUGGAUUGGCACCUGGUGUCAGAUUCCGCGAAGAUGUUCCUGGUGGUGGGCUUGCCAAUGUCGCUGCCACCGUGAUGAACCUACAUGGAUUCGAGGCACCCAGCGAUUACGAGCCAACCCUUAUUGAAGUUGUUGACAACUAG